CUCCUGCCACCACCCACCUCAGACUUCCUCCUUUACUUGGACACUACACCACAUCCCAGUCGCCUUAGACUGUGGUGUCCAGCAGCGUCACCUGCAUCAUGGGGGGCCUUAGACCCUCCGACAGGCUCCCAUCUCUCCUUCUGACUGUGGGUGGUCUCAGCCUCGUCCAGGCCCAGAGUGAAUGCAACUGCUCCUCGGUGAGCCCGGGCGUGCUGGCCGGGAUCGUGCUGGGGGACCUGGUGCUGACCCUCCUCAUCGCCCUGGCCGUGUACUCCCUGGGUCGGCUGGUCCCUCGGGGGCGAGGGGCUGCGGAGGCAGUGACCCGGAAACAGCACAUCAUGGAGACAGAGUCACCUUAUCAGGAGCUCCAAGGCCAGAGGACAGAUGUCUACAGCGACCUCAACACACAGAGGCCGUAUUACAAAUGAGUCCAAAGCAGGGCAGUCAACAACCUGAUGCCUGGAUCCAGUCAUUCCUGAUGCCUGCUCAGCACUCUACUCCUAAUCCCAUCAAGACACAGAUCCACAGAGUGGCCUCCAUGAGAUGUCAGACUUCUCCCCACUACUGCCCCCAAAUAAACAUUAGAGUGCACAAACAA